UUUCUUUUUCAUGAAUCUACAGGUGUGAGAGAUGAAAUUGUACUGCGUUUAAAGAUUUCCUUAACAGGAUCAAACCUUCUUUCCAUCCCUUGGUCAACACUGACGUUUUCCGUCGCAAAUACCCAUUACAUACUUGGGUGGGUCUACCGUAGUAGGGAGCGGGAUUUCACAUGUUUGCUUAAGACAUGAUUAUGAAUGUGGUCAGUGCAAUGGUCCUGUUAAUUCCUCUCUACAUUCAAACAAUUUCUGCUUUUUGYGAAAUGUACCAUUUCGUUGUCACUGAGAAACUUGCCAUGGAAGGUCACGUGAUCAAGACUGUUACCAAACCCUUUGACAGACUCUGCUGGAGUGACUGUGUUUGGCUGCCAUCGUGCUUGUCUAUAAAUGUUAGAAAAACUAGUCUAGGGAUGUUUGAAUGUGAGCUGAAUAACUCGAGCAGGGUGAAUGGAACUCUAAACAAGAUGGCSCCCAAASAAGGAUGGUUUUAUCACGAAAUGGAGGAAAUUAAURACAUUAACUGUGAAGCCUGUGAAUGCAAAAUAAAGAAAGAAUUAGGGAAUGGAUGGUAUCGCUAUGGCAACUCCAAAAUCAAGCUUUUUACAGAGAAGAAAAACUGGACCGAUGCUCGUAGCCAUUGUCAGUCAUUAGGUGGUGAUCUUCUCUCUAUUACCAGCUCACACGAGAAUGACUUUAUCAACGAUGUUUUUGUGAAGACCUUGGAUUCAAACAACGCGACCGGUAAUGAUUUACCAUGGCCAGGAAUUUACUGGAAAAUGAACGGAGCCGAGKCCGAAAUAAAGUUACUUGGAGACGCUGGGAAUGCCAAGUACAUUUYCGAUGGCAAAGAAAACGCCUUGUAUCUAAAUGGACACCAUGCAUAUGCAAGAUUUCCAGGGGUGACGCUAAAUCCCGAAGGAUUCUCUAUGGCUGUAUGGCUGAGGCCUUUAAACCAAACCAAACAAUAUAUAGCUGCAAUUGGGAUGUAUAACAACGUAUACUUUAAGGGCUUGAUUAAAAUUAUGCACAUACCUUUAGAUCAAGGCAUGUCUGUAACAAUAAAGAACAAGUUUGCUGCGCAUAYAUAG